GACGUAAAAAUGUUAGCAAAACUACCCAACAUAAACAAGGUCAAACCAAACUUUAAAACUAUAUACACUCUGUAUUUAUUCAAGUGAUUACACAUAGAUUGUAUACAGGCUGACAUACGCCGCACAGGUAUUUAAUUCUCAGGACAAGACGGAAGGUCGAAAGAACAGGGAGGCCAUGUUGGAUUUUCAGUAAACUUCUCGUUUGAUCCCGGCGUCAGAAAUGCAUCCCCGGCGCAGUGCUCAGGAAGUCGUACUCUGUGACCUCUGUGAAACUGUUCCCCUACAGAGUCAUUGUGAACUUUGUAAUAUAAACUUAUGCAAGGCCUGUGUUGGGGAGCACCUCUCAGAUACGUCUAAAGAUCACAAAGUCGUGCCCUUUUUACGCAGAAAGGCUACCCCUAACCACCCAAAAUGUCCAGACCACGCCGAUAAACACUGUGAAAUUUACUGUGAAAAAUGCGACAUUCCUGUCUGUUCUACCUGCGCCUUAUUUGGAAAACACAAAGGUCACGAUGUAUCAAAUAUUCUGGAAAAACUCGGAGCAAAAACAGAAAGUUUACAAAAAGAUCUAAAAGAAUUAGAGACCAGAAUUUAUCUCCGAUAUGAAGAAAUGGUGUCUAAUGUCGAAACUGAGAAAACCGAGUUAGAAACGAAUUACGGGAAACUGACGACAGAUGCCGAUGAACAAGGAGAAGUCUUACACCGGGAGAUUACCGUCAUUGUCAAUCAGCGGAAAUCCGCCAUUGCGGAGAUGAAAACGAAACAUCUGGACGCGCUAAAUAAAAACACAGAUGAAAUCACACAGAAAAUGGCGGAACUCAAACAGAUCAUGUCCGACUUGAAAUCAAUCCUAAAAUCCAAUGACGUCUCCUUAACCUCUACUUACAAAUCUAGGAAUUCCGAAUUUAGAACAUUACCGCCUAAAGUCCGAGUCACAUUACCCAGUUUGUUUCCUCAGAAAAUAAACAAAGAUCAGCUCAAUGAAAUGUUUGGUUUUCUGCCGCCAUUAUCCAUUAACACAGAACAUGGCGACACAAUGAAGUCAGCUGAAGCUGUAUCGUCUCCUCCAGUCAAACCACUGCUUGAUGAGCCGCGCGUCACCGCCACCAUAGACACUGGGUAUAGACACAGACUAUACAGUGUUAGCUGUCUGAGUGAAGAUCAAGUCUGGACACGCGGGGAUAACAAAACCAUGAAGCUGCUCAACCUCCAGAGUAAACUACUGACAUCAAUACAAACCAAGUUAGGGAACAUACCGCGGGACAUAGCAGUGACACGGGACGGAGAUCUUGUUUAUACUGACUCUAUAAAUAAAACUGUUAACUUAAUAAAGAAUAAACAGAUACAUACCGUGAUCACACUACAGGGGUGGAGACCUUUCAAUGUCUGCUGUACCGCGGCUAACGACCUCCUGGUUACCAUGGUCAGUGAUGAUAGAAAACAAUGCAAAGUCGUGCGUUACUCCGGCUCCACACAGACACAAAGCAUUCAGUUUGAUGAUCAGGGUCUUCCUCUUUACUCAUCUGAUCCUCUCACUCCUAAAUACAUCAGUGAGAACAGGAACUUGGAUAUCUGUGUGGCUGACUAUGUAGCUAGAGCAGUAGUGGUGGUCAAUCAGUCAGGAAAACUCCAAUUUAGAUACACUGGUCAUCCCUCUAAUACCAAGCAAUCAUUUCGUCCAGCCGACAUCACUACAGACAGCCAGAGUCACAUCCUGACAGCAGACCUUGACAAUCACUGUAUCCACAUCCUAGAUCAGGACGGACAUUUCCUCCGUUACAUUCACUGUCAUUUACGCUGUCCAUGGGGUUUAUGUGUGGACAUCAGAGACAACCUCUUUGUGGCUGAGUGUGUCACUGCUAAAGUGAAGAAAAUCCAAUAUCUAUAAACACAGCGUUAAUUACACAGCUCUAUACAGUGUUAAUUACAUCUACCAACACAGUGUUAAUUACAUCUACCAACAGUGUAAUUUACAGAAAUGCGUUAAUUCUUUCUACUUGUUAAUUACAUCAGCUUGUUAAUUACAUUCCUGUGUUAAUUACAUACCAGUGUACUUUACAGCCCGUGUUAAUUACAGCCCGUGUUAAUUACAGCCCUGUGUUAAUUACAGUCCUCUGUUUGUGAUGUGUAACAUACUUGUGUUUGUGAGUUUAACAGAACAUUAUUUUGUUUGUGAAUUAAUUUGUGUUUGAUUUUACAAUGUAUGUAUUAGAUAAACAUGAUACAGUG